GAGCUGUGGCUCGUGUCAUUCCAGCCGAUUAUGGACGUCAUGGCGAGGCCGACCGGUGAUGAAGGGGUUGAGGGCGCUCUCGUUGCAGGAACGGAUGACGCCGAUGGCAGCGAGCGUGUGGCCGCAGAGGACGCGCCGCAUCCACCAGAGGGGAGCGAGGAGGAAGAUUCCAGCGAAGAAUGGGAGACUGCUUCGCUCUAUGAGGACGCGCUGCAGUUUAUCAGCGAUGAGCACUUGCGCGGUGGUGUCGUGCCCGGAGCAUGCACCUUUGAGGAAGCAAUGGCGUAUCGCAAACGGCUCCGUUCUAUCGGACAGGCUGCUUUUAUUUCAGAAACACUUGGCCAGGGCACCGUCAGCGCAAAAACGCUGUGUACGGCUUUUGGAAUCAUGCCUCCGUCCUUUCUUGAGGGCGCCCCGGACAAGGCAUAUCACCCGCUCCUGUCCCUGGGCAUGUCUAAAGAAAGCUCAAAACGCCUCAAGCUGCCAGAUUACAAUACAAUUGAUGAUGUUGUUCAGCUGAUGCAGAAAGCUAAGAAAAUCAUUGUCAUCACGGGCGCAGGGAUAUCUACAAGUCUCGGAAUACCCGAUUUCCGAUCAAAAGAUACCGGACUCUACUCGAAGCUGGAGCACCUCGGCUUGAGUGAUCCCCAGGAGGUUUUUGAUAUUGAAGUCUUCCGUGAAGAUCCAAGUAUCUUCUAUUCUAUAGCCAAGGACAUAUUACCCACAGAGAAGAGAUACUCUCCUACGCAUGCCUUCAUCCGCCUAUUACAGGAUAAAGGCAAGCUUCUGACCAACUUCACACAAAAUAUUGACAAUAUUGAAGGUGCUGCUGGCAUACUGCCGGAAAAGAUGAUACAAUGUCAUGGCUCCUUCGCCACGGCCUCAUGUAUGGAUUGCAAACAUCAAGUUCCGGGCGAGCAGCUCUUCGAAACUAUCCGACAGGGCGAAAUCCCUAAAUGUGCGCGUUGUGAAGAGAGAUCGCAGUCCAAGCCUCGAGGCCUGAAGCGCAAACGUAAUUCGAACGGCAAUAUGAGGCAGUCUCGGUCUCAGUCAGCCUUUGACGAUGAUUCCGAUAACGAUGGAUAUUCGCUUCCUACGGCUGGAGUAAUGAAGCCUGACAUCACGUUCUUUGGCGAAGAGCUACCAGAUAUCUUCAAGAAACGCCUGCUAGAACAUGAUAGAGAGCUCACGGAUCUUGUCAUCGUUAUCGGCACAUCUCUUAAAGUCGCCCCUGUUGCAGAAGUUCCCGGAAUCAUACCAUGUGAUGUUCCUCAAGUUCACAUCUCGCGAACUCCCGUCUCUCACAUCGAAUUUGAUGUCGACAUGCUAGGAGACUGCGACGUCGUUGUUUCCGAGCUCUGUCGACGCGCUGGCUGGAAUCUUCAACACGACAUGAUUCCCGAGGGCCAGAAGGUUCAAGUCGAGCAGGCUGAAGGAUUUGGGUCUAGGUUCACUUUUACAGUGACUAAUGCGCAGAACUAA